CUACGCGUCGGUUGUUGCUUGAGCUGCUGAAGAGUUGACGCUACUCGAGAGGUUACUUUAAACAUGUUUUUGCCAAGAGCCCUGAAAGUAAAGAGACCUGCCCAGGGACCAAGUCACGAAUUGAACAAGAAAAGCAAAGCUGUUCAAGAGGAUUCUGACAAUAGCAGUACACAGGCACUUGCACAAAGUGAAGAAGCACGUGUAGACACAAAAUACCAGGAUGAAACAGAUGUGUGUUUGUCAGACGAUGGAUCCAAGUCUUCCUCAGAUGAUGUGGAAGAGGAGGAACCUGUUAAAUCUUUCAGAAAGAGCCAGAGAUGGCCUGAGCCAGGAGAGCCAGUCUGUGUGAUGUGCGGUCGCUAUGGAGAGUACAUUUGUGAUGCUACAGAUAAUGAUGUUUGUAGCCUUGAAUGCAAAGCCAGUCAUUUACUAAAAAUGGGAAAAGGAACUGGGGCAGAUGCAUUUAAUUUUAAGGAUGAAACAGCUGACAAAAGGACUCAUCAGCCUCAGCAUCCAAGUGUUAACACUGAUGGGUUAGGUGUAAAUGAACUAUGCUAUUUCUACAGAGAAGACCCAUUCAUCUCAGGCCUGACAGAUGAGCAGGUGGAGCGGAUAAAACAGGAACUUGGCAUCAAAACAGAAGGAAAAGGUGUCAGGAGACCUAUUAUUGAGUUUGAACACUGUGGCUUCCCUUCCACGUUAAAUGGCAACCUGAAAAAGGCUAGGUACGAAGCACCCACACCGGUCCAAAUGCAGAUGGUGCCAGUUGGGCUCACAGGCAUGGACGUAAUUGCCAGCGCUGACACGGGAUCAGGGAAGACUGUAGCCUUUCUCCUGCCUGUGGUAGUGAGGGCACUUGAGAAACAAGCUGUUGGUGUGGGCAGCCCUGUGGCUCUGAUCUUGACCCCCACCAGAGAGCUGGCCAUUCAGAUUGAGAAACAGGCCAAGGAGCUGGUGAUACGACUCCCCAACAUGAGAACUGCUCUGCUUGUGGGGGGCAUGCCCCUUCCGCCACAGCUCCACCGCCUCAAGAGCAUCAUUAAGAUUGUCAUAGCCACACCUGGAAGACUCAUUGAGAUCCUGAAGCAGAAAGCGCUGCAACUUGACAAAGUGAACAUCGUGGUGGUUGAUGAGGUUGACACCAUGUUGAAGAUGGGCUUCCAGCAGCAAGUGCUUGAGGUUCUGGAAAAAGUUCCAGAAGAUCACCAGACUCUGCUGGCGUCAGCCACCAUCCCAGCAGGAACAGAGGAGCUGGCUGCUCGGUUGGUCCGUGACCCGGUUCGCAUCUCUAUUGGUGAAAAGAAUCAGCCCUGCGCAAACAUCAGGCAGAUCCUGCUGUGGGUGGAAGAACCCUCCAAGAAGAAGAAGCUGUUUGAGAUUCUCAAUGACAACAAACUGUACCAGCCUCCAGUUGUGGUGUUUGUAGACUGUAAACUGGGUGCAGACCUGCUUUGUGAGGCGGUUGCCAAGGUGACGGGUCUCACGACUGUGGCAAUCCACUCUGACAAGAGCCAGAUGGAACGCAACCGUAUCCUCAAGGGUCUUCUGGAUGGACAGUUUGAAGUGGUGAUCAGUACAGGGGUCCUGGGUAGAGGACUUGACCUGGUCAACGUCAAACUGGUGGUUAAUUUUGAUAUGCCGAACACAAUGGACGAGUACGUUCACCAGGUGGGCAGAGCAGGAAGACUGGGUCACAGGGGGACAGCCAUCACUUUCCUUAAUAACAACAACAAAAGGCUUUUUCUGGAGGUGGUGAACAGAGUCAAACCUACUGGAUCCAUUCUGCCCCCUCAGCUCCUGAACUCACCACACCUUCAUGAACAGCAGAGGAGGGAAAAACAGAGAAACAGGACUGGAUUUGACGACACACUAGUUACCAAGAACAACCUCCUAGACAUCAUUAAGAAACAUGAUCGUCGCAAGAAGUAG